AUGUAUGUUGAAGGCCCAAAGGUCAAUGUCGAGAAUUGGCUGGCCACGGUCAAGGUUUGCAUCCCCAAAAAUGACAGGCUCGGCACGAGCUGACCUGGAGAGCAGCGACUUCGAUACAAGGACUUUCAGCUGGCAGGCCGACCAACGAGGAUCCAGGCGCACUUUGAGGAGAGUGAUGACGGCCCUGAACAGACCGGUCUCUACGAAACGGGGUCUGUCAAGGACUUUGCGUCAAACAUGGACAAGCGCGGCGUCCUUGCCUGGUGGCGGAUGGCAAUGGGCUAUAAAGAUCGACUUUGA